CUUCCACGAACUAAAACAUAAAUAAACAUCCUUUACAAUAAUUGGGUAUUUAAAUUGAAAAAUAUACAAUGGAUAAUUUAGAAGAAGAUGCUAUUCAUCAUACUGCAAUUAAAUUGGCAGAAGAAAUUAAAAACCUAUCCAUUUACAAAUCAUUUUAUAGCGAUGUUCAAAAAUUAGUUUCAUGUCCAAAUGUCACAAAGGAAGAUUUUAGACAAACUUUGCAACAAGCAAUGAAGGAAAAGGGUCUUGACACAAAAUUAAGAAAUACAGUGUUCCACUGGGUGCGAACUCAGAAUAAACAGAAUAAAUUGGAUCCACUCACAUCGCUCACCAAGGCGAGUGUUCAGUGGGAGAAAAGGAUACAUAAGUCAUUAAAUUCCAUGUGUUCAGAUUUAGAGACGUCUUUGGCGAAAUUUCGGUUUCAAUCUGAGCUUGAAGAAUUGGCGGAAAAGUGGAAUGAGCUCAGUACCUACAAUUUAGAUUUAUCUAAAUACAGACCAGUCUACGCACCGAAAGAUUUUUUAGAAGUUCUCAUAACAUUAUCCGGAUAUGUACCAUUUACGAAAGAGGACGAACCGAAAUGGGAAUUUGCUCAUCUACCUCUACAAGUAAAAACACUUGAUCAGUUGAGAAAAAUUUAUAUAGAAUGGUCGAACGGAGAGCCGUUAUUAGGAGUCAGUCCGAACAUGCCUAGCCAAGUGAACGACUUUCCCACACUGGAAGCCGAGAGAAUAGGUCUAGGCGAGAGAGUAGCAGCGCUGGGUUAUGCUCCGGUCAUUCAGGAGUAUCUCAAGAGGGGAAGUCCGCAAUGUCUGAGAGCGAAGCUGUGGGCACAAGUGCUCGGCGCUGAGGUUUCAGCACAGCAAAUAUCCUACUUCAAUCAACUAAAGCGGAGCGUACUGGAGGUGGACCUGAUGAUAGACAAGCUGAUCUUCAAAGACGUCCAACUAACCGCCUCCAACGAUGACCAGUACUUCGUUUUCGAAGAUCUGCUCUACCAGGUGAUGCUGUGCUUCUCCCGCGACUGUGAGGUUAUGCAGCAGCUCCGAGGGAGUACAGGCACGCCGCUCACGGUCGCGAUCAAGGGUCGUCAGACCAGCGCCGACAGCGUCACCGUGUUCCCGCCUAGUGGCAUCAUACCCUUCCACGGCUUCACCAUGUAUGCAACCCCGUUCUGCUAUCUGUACGAUGACCCGGUGCAACUGUACUUUAUGUUCCGCGCGUUCUACUUGCGUUACUGGCAUCGGCUGCAUUACAUCUCUACACAUCCUCAGGGUAUUGUGUCGUUGUGUUUGCUGUACGAACGACUGUUGGAGUCGAACGAACCGCUUCUGUGGAUUCACUUUAGAAAUAUCAACGUCAAUCCAAUAAGAGUUGUGUUCAAGUGGAUAAUACGUGCGUUUAGCGGUCAUCUGCCUCCCGAGCAGCUGCUUCUCCUGUGGGACUCUAUCCUGGGCUACGACUGCCUGGAGAUCUUGCCGUUACUGUCCCUCGCGAUACUCAGCUUCCGCAAGGAGAACAUCUUCCAAGUGAACACCCUGCAGAACGUGGACGCCGUGCUUGCCGACCUGUCCACUAUCUCAGUGAUACCACUACUGCAGCUGGCUUUGAUGAAACCCUAAUUCAUUACCUACAAUACUCGCCAAAUAGAAAAGGAAAACAGCUGAUUAGUAGUGAUGGGCCGAAUGCGGUUUAAACCGACUACGAACUUCGGCCAAACAUUAGGUAAAAUCAAAAAGUGUGUGUGUACUUAUGUAUGCACCCAAGAAGUUAUACUUCUUAUGCCUAACUAAGCAAAAAUCAUCAAAAUGAUUUAUUUCUCGUGCUAUUUUACGUUUUUAGAUAGAACAAUUUUGUAAAAAUCUUGCAAAACGCCUUUGACAAUUAAUUAUUAAAUAAUGAAUACGGCUCUAUGGACUUGAACCCUUUGCCGAAUGACGCAAACGUCAGAAAAUUUUAGGAACCAACUUCAACCUGUUACUUUUAUGUUACAGAGAUGCGCGCGCAUCUUAAAAUUUCACUCUCAUAAUUUUUUCAUAACGCGCCUAAAGAAGUAAAACUUCAAAAAUUUUGCCGAAUUUCGGUUUUUGUUUACAUUUAACAUAUAACGUGUUCUCAGGUGUUUUAACGAGGUUUAAUUUAAGAAAUAUUUGUAUUUUCUUGUUGCAAGUGUUAAAGAGCUUUUUUUAUAUAACACAUUUUUGGGUCAAUUAUUUUGAAUCUAAAAAUUUCAGAUAUUUCGUUUUAAAUUUUAUUGUAGGUACUUACCGAAUAAGCCGAACGCCGAAGUUCUGUUCAAGCUGCCACAGUUUGGUUACACUGAAUGUAAAACGAAGUUCGGGCCAUCCCUACUAAUUUGUGAUGAGUCGCGCCAAUAAACAUUUAGAGGUGCACAGUUCGCCGCUAUUUUUCCAACGUGUUCACAGCUGUCACAGUCUAUCUAGACGUAUAAAUUAUCUAAGUAUAAUAUGUAUUGUGAUAGUGGCAUUGGAAGUAUACAUUUUCAGCCGUUCAUUGCAGUUUAAGGUUGGACGUACUGUGAAGGUUUAGUAUUAUCAAAUAGUAUUCGUUGCCCUUUGGGUAUGGAACUCUAAAAUAGAAAGACUAAAGGGAAUUAAAUUAAAUAUUCCAUAAAGAUUUUAUACUCAGUAUAACGUCUACCGACCUCUAGGUAUAUACGAGUAUAUCAUCUACUCCAUUUUUUUAAUUUAUAAAAAAAUAUGUCUAAAUAUGGUUACAAGACAGCAUGUUCGCGUUUCCUUUCAUUCGACGAUGACAUGUUUCUUAUAUGUGUAGUCAAAUUAAAGAUGUUUUGUUUUGAUCUUUAAGAAGCGUCAGUUUUUUUUAUAUACUAUAUAUCACAUAUUUAGGUCUUGAACACAUGUAAAAAACGAUGUCGAAAGAAAACGAGAUAAAAGUCUCCUUCUCUUUCACUCUACUCGCAUAAGAUAAGACAAAGAGUCUUACGAUCCAAAGCUUUUUUUUAUCCGUCGUUAGCUGUAUGUAGACCCGGCUAUGGACAUAGUUCUUUCACGAAAAAAGUGAACUGUUUAUUUCUACAUAACGUCAUUACAGAUUGUUCGCGACAGAAGAGAUAGCAAGAGUACCCUCUGUCCUUCUCUACAAAUGUUUAUGUUUUGAUAUGUUACUGUUUGUGUUACAUAGUUGUCCUCGUGUUAUCAUUUUGUAGAGAUUUAUAUAUAUUUUUUUAUUUGUACUUGUUUUAUUACAAUAAAGGAUCACAAUUA